AAAUGCCCUUCUUAUUGUGAACAGUGCUAAAACAUGUUGGUAGAGUACAGAAUAACAUCUUUGUACAGAAGAACUUAUUUUCAUUGCCUUUGUCUGAUUCAUAAAAUUCCUUCAAGACCAUUGAUGAAAUCUCAUGGUAUCUAUGGUUCAACAUUGCAAUCAUUAGGAUUUACAAAACCAAGAUACAAAGUCACUGGCCACCCUUUUGUGAACUUUUGUUGUAAUUACUCAACAGUCAGAUCUGAAAUUUUGAGGCCAUCAAGAGAUGACAUUUAUCUUAACAGAAGAAUACUUUCUCUGAAGACAGUUGAAGAACAACUUGGAUUGUUUGAAAGUGUAAAAACUUCCGCAAACAUCGUGAACAGAGUUACCAUGCUGUUUAACAUUGCCCAGAUUGCAGAAAGGGAUAGAGGGCAGAAGCUGGUGUUGGAGCAGGAAAAAGAAACGACAAAACAAGGACAAAAAUGUACUUAUGUGGAAUUACUGGAUAGUAUUGCCCAAGACAUUUCCAAGUGUCAUCCUCGUGAGCUUGCUAAUGUGCUGUAUGCUUUAGGAAAAAUUGAGGAAAAGACUCACGAACUGGUUCAAGUCUGUGAAAAACAGAUCCUUUCCCAUGAUAUCAUGGCCUUUAACAAUGCUGAGAUGUGUCAAAUUGUCCUUGGAUGUACAAAUCUAAACUUGAACAGGUCAGGCAUUUUCCCAAAGAUACAAGAUGCAGUUUUAAGUGAGGAAUUGAAGAUUAAAGACUUUGAGGGCUGUGUGCUUGAUGCCAUAUUGCUGUCAUUUGCUAAGACAGAUAAUGGCUCUGUCAAAUUGUUUGAUGUAUUCAUGGAAGAACUUCUUACAAGAGACAUUUCUAGGCUUUGUAGUGUUGAUUUAGCAACGUUUGUGUGGUCUUUUGCAAAGAAGGGUUUAGAGGCAGACAGUUUAUUUGACGCUGUAGAAAAAGAAAUUCUUCAGCGUGGAACAAAUGAUUUGUCAAUAGCUGAUUUUAUUCAGAUACUCUGGGCAUUUGGAAAGUCUGGCAAAGGAAGCCGACAACUUUUUUAUCAGUUUGAUAUUGAACUCAACUCAAGGGGUCUUGAGAGCUUUAACAAUUCUGAGCUCUUAGAAAUUGUUUGGUCGUUUUCUAAAAGAAAUGUGACUAAAGCCAAAGUAUUUGAGCUUGCUGAAAAUGAAAUUUAUGACCGAGGUGUUCAUAAUUUUCAGACUCACGAGCUUGUGUUGCUUCUUUGGUCAUAUGUUUCUGCUCAAAGGCAUAAUGAUCAACUAGUUGAAGACAUUGAAAGUGAAUUAUCCAUAAGAGAUGUGAAGGAGUUGGAUAAUGGUCGUUUAAGUCAAGUCGUCUGGUGUCUUGGUAAGGCAAGACACUUAGACAGCAAGUUGUUUGAUGUCAUUGAAGCUGAAGUAAUUAAGCGUGGUGUCUCUAAAUUUGUGGUCAAAGAAAAACUCAUGCUCAUGCGUGGAUUUUUUGAAGGAAGAAAAGGAAGCAAAGAGUUUUUUGAUCAUCUGGUUAGCUCUUUUUCAACAAAUGAUUUCCAUGAGUUAAAUGGUGGAACCAUUUGUGAAUGUGCCUGGUGUUUUUGUAAGGCAAAUGUAGAAGCCGGGGCAUUGUUUGAUGCUUUGGAAAAGGAAAUCCUUGCUAAAGGUAAAGACUUUUUCAAUCAAAAAGAACUUUCUUUCAUUAAGCACAUUUUUCAAGAGGCAGGAAAAGGGAAAAACCUCUUUGGAUUAUGAAUGCAGGAAAUGGAAUGUCUUUUACAUCAGAAUUACAGUCAAAUCUCCAGCUGUAAGCAACCACCCAAUUUGUGAAGACUUUGUG